ACUGAUUAGGCAAAGUACAGAGUUUUGGUUCAGUCAUAAUAUGAAUAAUUUUUCUGUUUUCCUCUGUUUGGUUUCAGUAGCUUUAGUAGUAAAAGAUGCAGCAGCUCAAGCACAAAACGAUGGCGUAUACAUCGUGUAUACCGGAGCAGCUGCAUCUUCAUCAACUGGUUUUGGCCCAGACCAUAUACUGAGUUCCUCCUUCCUGGAAAGUAAGAGAGAUAGAGUCAUACACACCUACAAGAAAAGUUUCUCAGGAUUUGCAGCAAGAUUAUCAGAAGAGGAGGCCAGAUCCAUUGCACAAAGGCCUGAAGUUGUAUCAGUUUUCCCGGAUCCAAUCUUGCAACUCCAUACUACCCGUUCGUGGGAUUUCUUGAAUGCACAAAGUAAAGUAUUCAAACCACCAACUCACCAAACUGGGAGUGGGAAUUCAAAAUCUCACUCUCCAAGUGGUGAAGAUACCAUAAUUGGCAUCGUUGAUACAGGGAUUUGGCCUGAAGCAAAGAGUUUUAGUGAUGAAGGUUUGGGUCCAAUUCCCAAGCGAUGGAAGGGAACUUGCUCCAAUGGACCUGAUUUUAGCUCUGCUUUGUGUAACAGGAAGUUGAUUGGCGCAAAUAAUUACGUCUUGGAUGAUAACUUCUCUUCACCGAGGGACCGGGUUGGUCACGGCACUCAUGUUGCCGGGAUUGCAGCUGGGAGAGUAGUCCAGGGGGCAUCCUACAAUGGCCUGGCUAACGGCACGGCCAGGGGUGGGUCUCCGGGGUCUAGAAUUGCCGUAUAUCGGGCUUGUGGUCCUCAGGGCUGUCCAGGAUCCAGCAUUUUAAAAGCAAUGGACGAUGCAAUAGCCGAUGGGGUUGAUGUCUUGUCUUUAUCAAUUGGUUUAAGCCCUCUUAUUAAUUUCUCAACCGACCCAACUGCGAUUGGUGCAUUUCAUGCCAUUGAAAAAGAUGUUAUUGUAGUAUGCGCCUCAGGGAACGAUGGACCUAAGCCGAGUUCGGUCUUAAAUCCAGCUCCCUGGAUUUUAACAGUAGGCGCCACCACCAUAGACAGGUUUUUUGAAUCCGAUGUUGUUUUGGGCGGAAACAGAGUGAUCAAGGGAGGAGGUGUUCAUUUUGCAGAGCAUCUCCGAAAAACUCCAGUCUAUCCCUUGAUUAGAGGCAUCUCGGCUAGGACUCGUGAAACUACUAAACAUAACGCAAGUAAUUGUUUUCCAGGUUCAUUAGAUAGGAAAAAAGUCGAAGGGAAGAUUGUUCUUUGUGAAUCUAAUGAUGAGGAACAGCAUCGACGAAGAGAUCGGGUUGCAGAAGUAAUGAGCCGAGGUGGAAUCGGAAUGAUAUACGUUAAUCAGUACGGACAAUUGGUAGGCUCAGUUUACAGUGCUUUUCCGGUGGUUCUUGUCACCACAGAGGAUGGCAAAAAGAUCCGGUCAUAUAUCAAAUCAAACAGGCAUACGGUGGCUACAAUCUUACCAACAGAAGUUGUAUCAAAACACAAGCCAGCUCCAUCUGUAGCAUACAUCUCCGGGAGAGGCCCUAUAUACGAUAACGAUUAUUUGAUCAAGCCUGAUGUUGCCGCUCCAGGAGUUGACAUUCUAUCAACCUGGCCUUCCAAUGCCACAAAUGAAGCCUUCUUCUUACAAUCAGGUACUUCAAUGGCCUGCCCCCAUGUCAGCGGAAUCGCGGCGCUAGUCAAAUCCCAUUAUCCUUCUUGGAGUCACUCUGCAAUCAAAUCAGCUAUUAUGACCACGGCAAUCCAGACCAACAAUUUGAAAGCACCAAUCACAAAUCAUUUAGGGAAUCCAGCCACACCAGAUGAAUAUGGUGCUGGGGAAGCAACAUUGUUUGGUCCAUUGCAACCAGGACUAGUUUACGAAACCGAAAUUUCUGAUUAUUUACUAUUUCUCUGCAACAUGGGGUACGAUGUUGACCAGAUAAAACUCAUCCCAAAACAUCUUCCAGCUAACUUUUCCUGCCCAAGUGAUGCCAAGGAAGACUUGAUCUCCAACAUGAACUACCCAUCAAUUGCUAUUGCUCGUUUCAAUGACUCCAAAAGGAAAAAGGUUAAAAGGACUGUGACAAAUGUCGGCAGCGAAGAAGAAUCCGUUUACAUAGCAAGCGUAGAAAUGAGCACUGACGACUUGAAAGUCCAAGUGAAUCCUACGAAGUUGCAUUUUACGAAGAAGAAGAAGAAGCUGAGCUAUGAAGUGACUUUCAAACACCAGAAUUCGUCUUCAUCAUUAAGUGGAUUGGCAUAUGGAUCAAUCACCUGGACCAACGAAAAAUAUACAGUUCGCAUUCCUUUCGUUGUAAGAGAGUAGUGACAGAGACAGUCAAUUAACAACAUGUAUAAGAUGUUAUACAUGUCGAAGUUUCUUGAUUCUCAAUUUGCUAU